UAGUGUGACACCCUUGUUUGCUUGAGGGAAGAAUGAUGUACAGGAACUGCAAUUGCAGACAAGUGACAUCUAGCAGUCACAAUCCACUGUAAAUAGCAGAUCUGUGUGAAACUCAAGCCAACACAAUGGCAUUAUCACUGGAAGAAUUUGUCCACUCGCUUGACCUCAGGACCCUCCCCAGGGUCCUUGAAAUCCAGUCAGGUAUCUAUUUUGAAGGCUCAGUUUAUGAAAUGUUUGGAAAUGAAUGCUGUUUGUCAACAGGAGAAGUGAUUAAAAUUAUCGGACUCAAAAUUAAAAAGAUUAUAGCCGAAAUUUGUGAGCAUAUUGAAGGUUGUCACUCUUCGCAGUCCUUUGAACUACCUAUGAAUUUUCCAGGUCUUUUUAAGAUUGUGGCUGAUAAAACUCCAUACCUUACUAUGGAAGAAAUUACAAGAGCCAAUCAUAUUGGACCAAACAGACUAGGACAUCCUUACUUCUACCAUCAGAAGGAUAUCAAACUAGGGAAUCUCAUCAUAAAGCAAGGUGAACAAAUUUUGCUCAAUUCAGUUGAAGAGAUCAAUGGAAAAAUGAUGGUGAACUGUGAAGUUGUCAGAAAUCACCAAAAACACUCAUUUACUUUGCCUUUGUCUCAAGAAGGAGGCUUUUAUGAGUGUGAAGAUGAACAUAUUUAUACCUUAAAGGAGAUUGUUGAAUGGAAGAUCCCCAAGAACAGAACAAGAAUUGUGAAGCUUACUGGCUUUUCAAAUGAGUGGAAUUUAACAAAUCCAUUCCCUAAAGGCUUUUAUGGCUCUCUUAUCCUUAAGCCUGUUUACGAAAUUCAAGGUGUGAUGAAAUUCCAAAAGGAUAUAGUCCGCAUCCUCCCCAGUUUAGAUGUUGAAGUCAAAGACAUUACUGAUUGCUAUGAUGCUGAUUGGUUUCUUCAGCUGUUAUCCACAAAAGAUCUUUUCGAAAUGACCAGUGAAGAGUUCCCCAUAGUGGCUGAAGUCAUAGAAGGACCUCAAACAUGUAAAAUGCUUGGAAACAUUUUACAGCCUGGGAAAACCAUUGUGAUUCACAAAAAGUACCAGGCAUCAAGGAUCUUAGCUUCAGAAAUUAGAAGCAAUUUUCCUAAAAGACACUUCUUGAUCCCUACUAGCUAUAAAGGCAAAUUCAAGCGGCGACCUAGGGAGUUCCCAACUGCCUAUGACCUAGAGAUAGCUAAGAGUAAAAAGGAGCCACUCCACGUGGUAGCCACCAAAGCCUUUCAUCCCCUUCAUGACGAACUAUCAUCCAUAUCAGUUGGGGACCAGUUUCUAGUGCAUCACUCACAGACUACUGAAGUCCUAUGUGAGGGGAAAAAAGAAGUGGUGAACGUUCUGGCCUGUGAAAAAAUCGUCAAAAAGUCCUAUGAGGCAGCACUGCUGCCUUUGUACAUGGAAGGAGGUUUUGUAGAGGUUAUUCAUGACAAGAAGCAGUACCAGGUUUCUGAGCUCUGUAGACAGUUCCGCUUGCCCUUCAACGUGAAGGUGUCCGUGAGAGAUCUCUCUAUUGAAGAGGACAUUUUGGCUGCUACACCAGGUCUACAGUUGGAGGAAGAUAUCACAGACUCCUAUCUACUUAUAAGUGACUUUGCCAAACCCAGGGAAUGCUGGGAAAUUCCUACUGGACGCUUGAAUAUGACUGUUCAGGUAGUUAGUAACUUGUUUAAGGAAACAGAAUCAUUGCAAGUCAGGACUCUGGUAGAAGAGAUUACUGAAGAACAAUACUACAUGAUGCGGAGAUAUGAAAGCUCUUUCUUGCACCCUCCACCCCGCCCUCCCAAACAUCCCUCAGUGGUGGAAACAAAGUCAACUCUGCUAACCCAAGCAGCGCAAACAACAGUGGAUCUGCCUAAGUCUCCCAAGAGUCACCAUGUAGACAUAUCCAAGAAACUGCACUCAAAUCAAUCUGACCUGGAUUCAAAAGUACCAGUUGAUUGUCAGAAUAAUGUAGCUGAUCUGGAGAGAGAGAGAAGCAAGAGCAGGACAACUGGAUUAGCAGAUACCAAUGUGACUACAGGUUAG